CCCCAGGAUGCUCUGGGCAUGGCCUCGGGAACCCCACAGCAGAGCAGCCAGAAGGCAGAGGAGAGCCCCAGCUUCCUGGACGAGCUCCUCCGCGACUUCCCAGCCCCGCUGGGCCCAGAGAGCCCUUUGCCAUGGAAGGUCCCAGGGACGAUGCUGAGCCAGGAGGAGGUGGAAGGCGAGCUGGCUGAGCUGGCCAUGGGCUUCCUGGGCAGCAGGAGUGCUCCGCCACCACUUGCUGCCUGCCUGGCCCACGAGGCAGUUUCCCAGCUGCUGCAGAUGGACCUUUCUGAGUUCAGGAAGUUGCCGGAGCAGGAGGAAGAGGAGGCCCCUGUGACCCUGCUGGAUGCUGCGGGCCUGGCGCGGAGCCUCUUUGACCGGCUCUGGGAAGUGUGCAGCCAGUGGCAGAAGCAGGUGCCCAUGGCUGCCCGGGUCCCGCAGCGGCAGUGGCUGGGCUCCGUGCACGCCAUCCGCAACGCCCGCCGCAGGAUGGAGGACCGGCACGUGUGCCUCCCUGCCUUCAACCUGCUCUUUGGCCUAUCGGACUCUGUGGACCGUGCUUACUUUGCCGUGUUCGAUGGUCACGGAGGGGUGGACGCCGCGAGGUACGCAUCUGUGCAUGUGCACGCUGUCGCUGCCCACCGACCAGAGCUGCCCACUGACCCCGCGGGGGCCCUGCGAGCAGCCUUCCGCUGCACCGAUGAGAUGUUCCUUUGGAAAGCCAGGCGAGAGCGGCUGCAGAGCGGCACUACAGGGGUGUGCGCGCUCAUCGCUGGGAACACUCUGCAUGUGGCCUGGCUCGGGGACUCCCAGGUGGUCCUGGUGCAGCAGGGGCAGGUGGUGAAGCUGAUGGAGCCACACAGACCUGAGCGGCAGGACGAGAAGGACCGCAUCGAGGCACUGGGUGGCUUCGUGUCCCACAUGGACUGCUGGAGGGUCAAUGGGACCCUGGCCGUCUCCAGAGCCAUCGGGGACGUCUUCCAGAAGCCCUAUGUGUCUGGGGAGGCGGACACGGCCUCGCGGGCGCUGACGGGCUCCGAGGACUACCUGCUGCUGGCCUGCGAUGGCUUCUUCGACGUGGUCCCCCACCAGGAGGUGGCCGGCCUCGUGCAGAGCCACCUGGUCGGGCAGCAGGGCAGCGGGCUGCGCAUGGCUGAGGAGCUGGUGGCUGCCGCCCGGGAGCGGGGCUCCCACGACAACAUCACGGUCAUGGUGGUCUUCCUCCGGGACCCCCGAGACCUGCUGGAGCCAGAGACCGAUGGUGUGCUGAGAAGCUAG